AACCACAGUUGCGUGUAAAUGCUGUUUUGGUUUUUUUUAUCUGAGUUUGACCGGCGGUGUUUCGAAUAUUUUGGACGAAAUAAUUGUACUUAUAACCUUCAGAUUAGAAUUCGUUUGAUUUUUUAUAGUCAUGGGAACCAUACACAAUGCGAACAUUCUGCUCAAUCUGGAUAUAUCCAGCUUAACGUCUAAAAUAAAAUUAUAUGUGCAGCAAUACGAUGCCAUAAACUGCGAUACGGUGAAAGCAUUGAUAGAUUUGGUUUCUGAGGUUGAUGAUCUCGUGGUUAAGAAAAAAUUGUUACCACAUCAAGCGCUCGGGGAAACGGAACGAAUAAUUAUUGACAAUUACGACCUCACGCGAUCGUUCAAUUGCAAACACUGCUCUAAACCUGUGAAAAUGACCCAAUCUGCCCUUCUAGAACACCUAACAAAGCAACAUAAAAAACUUGUCGUCUGUAAAGCGGAUGAAAAAAUUGCGAAAAAUCAAUCUACCUCUAAAGGCACAUCCCAUGCAGACAAAAAACCAAAAAAGGAAAAGAAGAUGAUGAGCAAACCAGCCAAAACGUUUAUUGAACGACAUUUGCCUAGCAGCUACGUUGAACUGAUGCUACCGAUUCACAGAAAAAUAAUGAACGACAACGAAGCCAUGGACAAUAUGAUCUGCGAGUUACGUGAAAUAUUCGAAGACGAAGUUGAAGACCUCUCAAUAAUUCCUUUCGGUUCUCGUAGUCUUGGACUCGGAACCGAAGGAAGUGACCUAGAUUUGUAUUUGGAUUGGAUGAACAACUACAAUGGCGCUUGGUUCGCCGCACCAACUCACAACCGCAAAACGAUUGAAUGUGUAACUAGAGCCAUAACGGAUGCAUUGCAUCUCUCAACGAAUUAUAAAAAAAUCCGUGCUUUAGUAAAUGCAAGAACACCGGUCGUGGAAGCCUUCCACAAAAAGGCCAAAAUCAACUGUGACUUUACUUUUAGCAGUGGAUUGGGACAUUGCAAUAACGUGUUGCUUAAAUAUUUCUUUGACAUUCAGCCAGUGUGUUACCACGUGUGUAUUUAUAUUAAGAAGUGGGCUAAACAGUUAUCUAUCAAUGAUCUGAACAGUUACGCUGUUAAUCUGAUGGUGAUUUUUUAUUUCCAACAAAACAAGUUUUUGCCCCCAGUAUACCAGCUAGAGGUCGUAGAAAAAUCGGACCUGGUAGAAGCUCGUUGGCAAACUCACUUUGAAAGAUAUGGUCUUGAACAUUUCAACAUCCCUUUG